AUGGAUGAGUGGGAUGCCCCCCAGUGGAAAAAGGAAAUUGAAAGCCUUAAGUAUCAGUUGGCUUACAAGCGGGAGGUGUCAUCAAAAACAAUUCCUGAAUUCCUUAAAUGGAUCGAGGAGGGGAUUCCAGAAGAUCCAUUCCUGAACCCAGAACGAAUGAAAAACAACCCCUGGGUGGAAAGAGGAAAAUGCACAAUCCUCUAAUCCAUGUUCUUAGCCCAGCACUG